CAGUCAGCUGGGUUGUGGGUUCACUUUACUCAAAUCACUCAACAAUUUGACAUUUCAUCGAUUACGCAGCAGGCAGCCAUCGCCAUACUUGUUUUGAUAGGUCUGUUUUGAAAACAAAGAAGUAAAAGUCCAAACUUGAAUAUGGGCAAGAUAUUCCUGGAUCAUAUUGGAGGCACUCGCCUGUUUUCAUGUGCAGCGUGUGAUGUAAACCUCACAAAUCGUUCAGAGCUAAUCAGUACUAGAUUCACUGGAGCUACAGGCCGUGCUUUCCUCUUCCACAAAGUGGUGAACUUGGUAUACUCGGGAGUACAGGACCGGGUGAUGCUGACUGGUCGGCACAUGGUGCGAGACGUCUCCUGCAAGAACUGUUCCACCAAGCUUGGCUGGGUGUAUGAGUUUGCUACUGAGGAGAACCAAAGAUACAAGGAAGGUCGCGUUAUCCUGGAGCGGGCGCUGGUCACGGAAAGCGACGGCAUAGAUGAAAUACAAGUUAACGAUGAUUAGAUUUAUACAUGUAUAUACUCGUACUACGUUCCCAUGUAGGUACACUUGUUGGACAAGCAUUUGAGAGUGUCAAUCAAUAUUUUAAUAGGGAGUCUACAAAAUGUACCACAUCUAAUACUUGAAUUUCAGUUGUUUUUAGAGUAGAUAUAUGUGCAAGAAACGUAACCAUACACCGCACUCGAGGAGGCAAUUUGCGGGCACGUCAGUUGGUAACGUUUGCAAAUAAAUCAAUAGAUUUUCGAGUUGUCAGAAUAAGGUACUCGUGUUUGUACUUAGCAUUUGUCACCUGGUAUUUAACCAUAAUGACGCAUGAUUUUAAUUUGUCGAAUGAGCAUCUUUGUAUUACAAAAGUUACAUGCAAAAUAAUGUGCUAAACUUUUAAAAAAUACAUACAUUUUACAUAAUUAACUGUCAAUAGAGGCCAUUAUUCGACGAGAGAGAUAUAACAAAUUAAAAUAAUGCGCCAUGCGUAAAAUACCAGGUUACAAAUACCUUACUCUGACAACUCGAAGAUUUCGUAAUUUAUUUGCGAACGUUACUAACUGACGUGCCCGCAAAUUGCCUCCUCGAGUGCGAUGUAUGACCAUAACCCGUUGAACGCCACGCCUAUCGUGUGGGGCCGUUAUCGUCAUCGUGAACCUUGAGGGAAUGCUCGAAGGUUGAUUUUGGGCUGUAGCCGCGCGCGUCUGUUGGCGGUCAAAGGGUUAAUUCGAAGAGAAUACCUAAUUUAAACAAAGACAUAAUUAAAUGCCCCGUGUACAUUUGAUUGUCGAACAUGUAUGUGCCUGAGGAGGACGUAGAAUUAAGUUUUAUACAUACCUAAAGUAAGGCCAAUGUAACGAGAUAAAUAAUGUAACCAAGUAUUCAGGAAUUCACAACUUUAUUUUAUGAAGAAAUUAUUAAUCUUCACUGAAUUCACUAACAGAAAUGACCAUGUUUACAAAAUGGCGGCAUAAAUGUUUAUAUCCUGUACCAACAGCUUCGUUAUUCCAAAAAAUCGAAUUGCCGCGCGAAGCAGCUCGGUAUGUUUAGACGUGCCUCGGGAGAGGUAAACGCACUCGCGGCCGCAUUGUCUCGGACGAGGCACGUUUCCACCGAUUGAGCUGCUUCGCGCGGCAUCUCGCGAGGCGACUCGUUCGUGCCUGUUGACUAACUGACGACAUUAAUGCGUACGAGAGAGGGCAGAGAUAAUAAUCGCUGGCCAUCGAUUUGUAUCAGUAACGAUCAGAUUAUUUCUAUUUUUGACUCGUUUCAUUGGCUUUACUUUACACAUAUUUAUUUUAAAUCUCAUGUCUUCGCAAUUCGCCGGCUAUGGCGGUGACGUUUUAGAUUGGUCUGUGGAUAAAAAUACGGUUGUAUUGGUAAUA